AUGGGUCAGGCCCAUUCGACCAAACCCGGCCCAACUUCCUUAAUCAACUUUAGAGAUCAAAACAUCAAAAUAAAAAACCUAGCACGUAGUAGAGGCGAGAGACGAUCGGACGCGAGACGCCAGAGAGGACUCCUUCGCCCGUCACCGCCGCUCGCCGCCCGCCGCCCGCCGCCCGCCGCCAAUCCCCGCCCUAACCCGAGACCCAGCGCCCUUCGCCUUUUCCAGCCAGUCGCGGCCUUCAAGCAGAGAGAAGGGGAGCGGCGAUCGAGGGUCGGGAAGCCCGACCUCGACACCGCCUUCCCGCCGGAAAAUCCAGCAUCGCCGCCGCUCGCCACCCAGAUGCGAGACUCAGUGCCGUCGCCGGGAAGCCCUGCCUCGCCGUUGUCGUCACUGGUCCCGAUCGGCGAAUCGAAGAUAAAAAACAACCUUGUGGACAGGGCCCAACAAUUAAGAUGUACUGUAUGGGACCAUCACGUCUCUAAAAUUGAACCGUGGUUUAACAAAGAGUGUAAUUGCCCUGUGAUUGUGCUAAUACACAUGCUAAUACAGUUGUGUAGGCUGAAAAGAGACUGCACCAAUGGAGAUGUCAAGCUGUCCAACUCUUAUGCGGCUACACACGUAUUGAUAAAUGAAGAUGCACCUAAAUUCAUAGAGUUCAAGGAAAGUAUAAGUGAUGUGCAAACUUCAUUAAGGAGUAUCAAUACAAUCUCAAGCCUCUCACAAACUAAUUUUAUUGAUACCUUCUCAAGUGGUUCAAUGGUGGUGAACACUAUUUCUGAGGUCUAUGUGUUGAGACAGUAUGGAGACUAUUGGGUCGUUGCUAAAAUUGUGGAGAUUGAGACUGACAAGGGAUGGUGUUAUAGCUCUUGCUGAACGCGUGGGUGCAACAAAAAGGUUAAACUUGAUGAUGAUGGUUUUUUGGUAUGUGAAAAGUGUAAGCGGCGAUGGGGGGAAGGUAUUUAUCGUUAUAGAUUGAAGGUACGAGUUGUAGAUGGGGAUGGAAAUGCUCCAUUCCUUCUCUGGGAUAAAGAGUGUGCUGAGUUAAUUGGUAUGGAUGCAAGUGUUUUGCACGAGAAAUACCCUAAGGGUAUCAAGGAGUUUUCACCCGAAAUAAUGAAGCUUAAAGGUAUCUCAAUGGUAUUUUGGAUUGCUGUACGAAAGGAGCAGUUCGAGAAUCUUCAUAACGCCUUUGCAGUCAUGAAAAUUAUUAACAAUCGGGCCUUAGUUGAUGCUCAAUGUCCCCAACUCCAAGAGGAAUCAUACAAUGAAGAUAAUGUAAUUCAAGGUUUAGAGGGGGAAGAUGGUGAUGAGGAGUUUGUGUCCAACGAUGAAGUGUUGAGCCCUAUCACUGAACAGGACUCAGCAAAGGAAUUUACUCAAAGUGGAAGUGGACCUGUCAAGAGAAGUAUGCUUGACGAAUUUUCAAGCACACAAAGUUCAAAGAAGACAAAGGAAGCUAAUAUCAAGAAGGAGAAUUUGUCCUAAGUGAAUUUGUCUAGGAAUUUGUAAGCAGAAAGUGAACAAUGAUUUUUAGGAUGGAUGUGUUUCAAACAAUGAUGCCAUGGAUGGCAAUCAUGGCAUGCUAUUUUCAGUUUUUAAUCUAUUUGGUUUUACUGUGUUCUAUUGCA